AUGUGCUUUAUUAAGAGUUAAUGAGCUUUCGAAAUUAUAAUAAUUGCACAGCGAGCAAUUUGGAAACAACCCUUUAAAACCAGAUUCUAUUCGACACACAGCAGUAGUCGCUGUAGUCAACAUGGUCGCAGCGCAACAGUUAAAUCGAACAACCCAACUCCUUCUAAUUUGCAGCCUGCUGUCGAUACAGGCGCCCAGUCUGAGCAUGUCCAGCUUGGUAGGCAGUCAAACGGAGGAUUUUAUUGACUGGUGGCAGCACGCGGUCUUCUAUCAGAUCUACCCCAGAUCCUUUAAGGACAGCAACGGCGAUGGCAUUGGGGACUUGCAGGGCAUCAUAUCGAAGCUGCCGUAUUUGGCUGAGACAGGCAUUACAGCUACUUGGCUGAGUCCCAUUUUCCAGUCACCCAUGGUCGACUUUGGCUAUGACAUAUCGGACUAUAAGGCCAUACAGCCGGAAUAUGGAAGCAUGGCGGACUUUGAGCAGCUGGUGCAUGCGGCCUCCGGUCUGGGCAUCAAGAUCAUCUUGGACUUUGUGCCCAAUCACAGCUCGGAUCAGCAUGAGUGGUUCAAAAAGUCGGCAGCUCGGGAUCCUGUCUAUGAGAAUUUCUAUGUCUGGGAAGAUGGAAAGAAGGAUAAGCUGGGAGUGCGUCAGCCUCCAAACAAUUGGCAAUCUGUGUUCUAUGGCUCCGCCUGGGAGUGGAACGAGCAACGACAGCAAUACUAUUUGCAUCAGUUUACCAAGGAGCAGCCGGAUCUGAACUACCGCAAUCCGGCUGUGGUGCAGGCCAUGGAUGAUGUGGUGCGCUUCUGGCUGGACAAAGGCGUGGCUGGCUUUCGCAUAGAUGCAGUGAAUCAUUUGUAUGAAAGCGAGGACCUGGCUGAUGAGCCGCUCAGUGGCAAGACGGCGGAUCCACUCUCGUAUGACUACACGAAGCACGUCUUCACCAAGGAUUUGCCCGAGGUGCUGACUAUGGUGCAGCACUGGCGCCAGCUACUGGACGAUUACAGCGCCAAGCAUCCGGAUGGAGUGACGCGCAUCAUGAUGACCGAGGCAUAUGCUGACCUGCAUGUGCUCAUGGAUUACUAUGAGAGUGCCGACGGCGUGCGGGGCUCCCAGCUGCCCUUCAACUUUCACUUUAUCACGGAUGUGAAUGGCGACUCGGAUGCCCGUGACUUCGUUUACAAUGUGGAGAAGUGGCUGAUCUACAUGCCGCGCGGGCACGCUGCCAACUGGGUCAUGGGCAACCACGAUAAUCCGCGUGUCGCCUCGCGCUUCGGUGCCGCCAGCGUCGACGCCAUGAACAUGUUGCUGAUGACACUGCCCGGCGUCGCUGUUACCUAUAAUGGCGAGGAGCUGGGCAUGGAGGACUAUCGCGAGAUUAAGUGGGAGGAUACGGUCGAUCCGCCAGCUCGCAAUGCUGGCAAAAAGGAUUACAAAAAGGUCUCCCGGGAUCCGGAACGCACGCCCUUUCAGUGGAGCAAUGCCAGCAAUGCGGGUUUCUCUACUGCUGCGAAGACCUGGCUACCUGUAAAUCCAAACUAUUUGGCGUUAAACCUGGCAGCACAGCAGCAGGCAGCCAAGAGUCACUACAAGGUGUACAAAGCGCUGAUUGAGCUGCGCAAGCUGCCGACCUUAAGACGUGGAAGGUUCAGCAUCGAGCCGCAGUCUCGAGCAGUGUUUGCCCUCAAGCGUACCCUUAAGGACUAUGACACUCUGGUCACCAUCGUCAACGUGAGCGCCGAGGAGCAGCUGAUAAACUUAACAGACUUUAUCAAUCGGCCACAAAAAUUGAUUGUGGAAGUGGCGGGCGUUGACUCCGUCUAUACGCCAGGGCAAGCCCUAUCCAGCAGCGCCCUAACACUGGCCCCACACGAGGGUCUCAUCUGCAAGCUGAUCGCGGCAUAGCCUAGAGCCAGACUCUAAAGUUCCAUCAAUUGCAGCUCGUGUGACAUUGCCGCCAGCUUGAAUAAAUAAAAAAUUAAAUGAACUGAAAAUUAAUGAAUCGAAUUGCUGAAUGAAUUUUUAAAAUCUCAACUUUCCUUACGUACGACGCAAGGAGCACAGAGAAAGCUGCUGGCCAUGGCGUCGCCAUUGACAUUUCGUUCUGGCAGCUUGCCCAAGCGAAACAUAGAGUCAUUUAGAUGCCCUGCCAGUCACUAGAUAUAGAGUGGGGGAUACUCAACGUGGUAUAUAAUUAGCAGUUCCAUGAAUUAAUUAAAAUAUGUGC